AUGGAGGCGCGCGUGGCGCAGGCGGUGGCGCGGCUGGCGCGGCAGGAAAACGAAAUCAAGUGCUUAACUGCUGAAAUUGAGCGCCUGAAGAACUUUGGGUGCUUGGGAGUCUCUCCGAGCCUGGAAGGAUUACGAGACGAGAACGCCAAGCUGAAAUAUCGGCUCAAUUUUCUCCGAAAGAGCCUUCAAGAGGAGAGAAGUAAAGCAGUGAAAAGCAGCAUGAUCAACAUCAACAGCUGUCUUCAAGAGCUCUUCGGAGCUGCCAUUCAGGCUGCCUACCCGGACCUGGAAAACCCCCCGCUCGUGGUGACGACCAGCCAGCAGCCCAAAUUCGGGGAUUACCAGUGUAACAGCGCCAUGGGCAUCGCCCAGAUACUGCUCAAGAGGAUGGAACAGAAGAUCAGCCCCCGAGAAAUCGCUGAGAAAAUUGUGCAAAAUAUUCCCAGCAACGAAUGCAUUGAGAAGGUUGAAAUCGCCGGUCCCGGUUUCAUCAAYGUCCACCUGAGGAAAGACUUUGUGUCGAGGCAGCUGAGCAGUUUGCUGGUGAAUGGCGUGCAGCCCCCUGCGGUGGGCAGGAGGAGAAAGGUGAUAGUGGAUUUCUCGUCCCCGAACAUUGCCAAGGAGAUGCAUGUUGGGCACCUGCGCUCCACCAUCAUUGGGGAGAGUAUGUGCCGCCUGUUCGAGUUCGUAGGUCACGAUGUGUUGAGGUUAAACCAUUUGGGAGACUGGGGCACCCAGUUUGGAAUGCUCAUCGCUCACCUCCAAGACAAAUUUCCAGACUACUUGACGGUCUCUCCUCCCAUCGGGGAUCUCCAAGCUUUCUACAAGGAAUCCAAGAGGCGAUUUGACACCGAGGAGGACUUUAAGAAGCGGGCCUACCAGUGCGUGGUGAUGCUGCAGAGCAAAAACCCGGACUUCCUUAAAGCCUGGAACCUSAUCUGCGAUGUGUCUCGGAAAGAGUUUCAGAAGAUCUACAAGUGCUUGGACAUUACCCUCGUCGAGAGAGGGGAAUCGUUUUACCAGGACAUGAUGAAAGACAUCGUGCAGGAAUUUGAAGAGAAAGGAUUCGUCCAGGUGGAYGACGGGCGGAAGAUCGUGUUCGUCCCGGGCUGCUCGGUCCCAUUGACCAUUAUGAAGUCAGAUGGUGGCUACACGUAUGACACGUCGGACCUGGCCGCCCUGCGGCACCGGCUCUUCGAGGAGAAGGCGGAUAUCCUCAUCUACGUGGUGGACAGUGGCCAGUCAGUGCACCUCCAGACAGUGUUUGCAGCGGGCCGGAUGAUUGGCUGGUAUGAUCCCAAAGUGACCAGAGUGGCCCACGCCGCGUUCGGCGUCGUGCUGGGAGAGGACAAGAAGAAGUUCAGGACCCGCUCUGGGGAUACAGUGCGGCUCAUGGAUCUGCUGGAUGAGGGGCUCAAUCGUGCCAUGGAGAAGCUCAAAGACAAGGAACGGGACAAGGUCCUGAGCGAGGAGGAACUGCGGGCUGCCCAGACUGCUGUGGCUUUUGGGUGUAUCAAAUAUGCAGAUCUCUCCCACAACAGACUCAAUGAUUACGUGUUCUCCUUUGACAAGAUGCUGGAUGACCGAGGCAACACAGCUGCAUACUUGCUGUAUGCCUUCACGCGCAUCAGAUCCAUUGCGCGUUUGGCUACUGUGGAUGAGCAGCAGCUUCAGAAGGCAGCUCGGGAGGAGGUGGUUGUCCUUGAGCAUGAGAAGGAGUGGAAACUGGGCAAGUGCAUCCUGCGCUUCCCUGAGGUUUUGCAGAAGAUCCUGGAUGACUUGUUGCUGCAUACCCUGUGUGACUACCUGUAUGAGCUGGCCACCACGUUCACUGAGUUCUAUGACAACUGCUACUGUGUGGAGAAGGAUAGACAGAGUGGUGUGGUUGUGAAGGUCAACAUGUGGCGCCUGUUGCUGUGUGAGGCCACUGCUGUGGUGAUGGCCAAAGGGUUUGACAUUCUGGGCAUCAAACCUGUGGAGAGGAUGUGAAGAUGGCUUGGAAAAUAAACUGAAAAGAACUUUUGGGGGCACUUCAUUGGGCACGCGUUUCCUCUCGGCCUGCUGGUGGCCAGCACUGAAAAGAGGUUGCCCCCAUGGAUGUAUCGACCCAGCCUUAUGAUGUCUCCACUCAGCCUUU